AUGUUUAAGGUGGCUGUGGCUGAAAGUGGACCGAGAGCCCUCGAGUUGAGUCCGGAAGUCUUCGAGAGCACUUAUCAGAUCUGGCGACUCAUCAACCCUGUCUUUGUUAGGGGCCUUUGUCAACUCCCGCUCCUUAAAUGGUUUUCUUUUUUAACUCUUUAUCCCCUUCUUCGGGUCAUUCUGGAGGAACAAUACCCAUCCGGUAAAUCCUUAUUGGCACCAGAAAUAUGGCUGCUACCGCUUGGAGUAUCUCUUUGGCCAAGAAGAUGGGAUUGGUUUCCUCACAUAGUCCGUUCACGUACUCGGGCUCUUACCGAAAUAUCUGUUUACAUCCUCGGACAUCUCCAGAAGACUUGUCUCGAAAAUAUACAAAGACUGCGGAUAAGUUGUAGAAUCUCCUGCAUAAACUGGACCCAAGCAGGUACUAACUUGUAUUCAUAUAUUCCACACACGCUCUUCCCGAGGGCUGAUACGGUUUCUACGCCUACUGUCUGCGGUUCAGUGGGGUCUCCAACUGCUUUCUAA